AUGGGCUUCCACAAAUCAUCCAUGAACAUCCACCUUAAGGACAGCCACGUCCUCUGCGCCUACUGUCAGCGCCCCUCAGGAGAAGCGACAUACUCCGAGCUAGAUCUAGACGCCAUCCUCGGCACGGUGAAAGGCAAAUUCAAAUGGAGCGCCGAGAACUUCUCCAGCUCGGCGGCAAAUGUCACUCUCGAACAAGAUAAUCCGGAGCAUAACCCCCUCCUGCAUGCACGAUUGCACGACGGGGAAGGCCUCCAUGAGGAAGUGGUGAAUCUGGCAGAUUGUAUCAAGAAUGAAGAUGGGAAAUUGAAGUACAUGGGUUGUUUCUAG